UGGACGGAAUGUCCAUCAUCCGGAUUUAACGGAACGAAAGUCAAAACCAUUGGAUCGAUCAUCGUUUCGACGAAAUAAUUUGGGAAGUGGUGGAACUAGUGCAAAGACAAUGGCACAUUCACCAAAGCAUUCAGCAACAUCAACACAUGAAACAAGUUCAUUGCUUCGACAAAAUCAAGAGUUACGUGAUCGUUUGGGUACAUACAAACAGGCACAGCAAAAUCAAGCGGCGCUUGUAGCUAGACUUCAGUCCAAGGUGUUACAGUACAAACGAAAAUGUAACGAGCUUGAGGAUCGCAUGUGUGAUACUGUACUGCCACCAAGUCCGAAACCUAUUAAGUCAUACGGGGGUGGUGGUCAGUAUGUAAGCGGUCAUUCACCGCCGAUGAGUUUACCGUGCAUGACAACCACAGAACAGCAAAAAGAAUUCAUUGCACCUUGUGCUCAGGACGAUAUUCUAAAUAAACUUGAAAGUGAUAAACUGAAGUGUGAGCAUUUAUUAGUGCGGAAUGAGCAAUUGCGACAACAACUGCAAGAAUCACAUCGAACCAAUUUAGCAUUAACAAAUGAUUUACACAAAUUAACCAUUGAUUGGGAUCAUUUACGAGAUGAAAUGGCUCACAAAGAAGACGAAUGGAAAGAAGAAGAGCAGGCAUUCAACGAUUACUAUAGUUCGGAGCAAAAUCGUUUGAUUGAAAUGUGGCAGGAUGUGGGAUCGGUACGUAAAUCUUUCCGUGACUUGCAAUUAACGUUGAAAUCCGAUUUGAGCCGAAUGCAACAAGACAUAUCUGGUGUAAAUCGUGAAUUAGCCAAUGCAUGUGGCUUUGUCGCUGAUCAAAUUCGACAAAAUUCUGAGAAUGAGGACGCAUAUCAAACCCAAACCGAACGCACAAUUCACGAAUUAAAAACUCAAGUCGAUGCAUUGAAAUUACAAAAUGAAACAUUCAAACAUGAGCUUGCCCAACGCGAACAACAUUUGAAAAAUGUUUUGGGUGAUUUGAAAAAUUGGGAAGCACGAUGCAUUGAUUCUGAAAAUAAUGCUGCACAAAAUACACGUUUAUUUGAUGAAAUUGAUCGUUUAACUACGGCUUUGAGGGAUAUUGCACAAAUUGUUGUUUCAGAUGCUGAAUCAAAACAAGACGGUGGCUUUGUUGAUACCCAACAUAUGCAUUUAACACAAUCACUACCAUUGCCACCAAAAUCACCGAAACGCGGUGGAGUUCGCACAUCACAAGCAUUUGCCGAAGGUACAAUUUCAGCUGUUCAAGCGGUUCUGCAUAAAUAUCAACUGGUCAUUCAUGAUUUGCAGGUAAAACUGGAAACAAAUUCAAAUGAAUUGUAUUCAACACAGAAGCAAUUAGAUGAAUCGCAAAAUGCACGUGAAAUUAUUACCACUAAAUUAAUGGAGUUGACUAGUAAAAUGGAUGCAACAAAUAAUCAACUGUCUGAAUUGAGUAAAGAACGUGAAAGUUCACAACGUACAAUGGAAUCUUUGCGAAGUGAAAAGCAUACAAUUGACAAGGAAAAAGUUGAAUUAAACUUAAUGAUUGAAUCGCUUAGCAUUGAUUUCGAAAAAUCACAAACGGCUAAGAAUCACUUACAAAAAUUAUACGAUGCAUUAAUCGAGGAGAAGAAAAUGCUCGAUCUGGAUUUGCAAUGUGUUCGAAAGGACAAAGAAAUCACUGAAAUGAAUUUGAGAGCCGAAGAAUCAAGGAGUAGUAAUUUGCGUGAAGAUACAAUUAUAUUGAGAGAAGAGCUAAAUAAAUUAUAUUUAGCGCGUGAUUUGCUAGAACAGCAACGUAUCGAAUCAGAAGAAAUGCUAACCAUAUCUGAAAAGCAACGAGCCGAUCUCGAGAGUCGUCUUGAACGUUUGCACUUGGAAAGUACCGAUGUUAAGUAUCAACUCGAAAAAUCGAGUUCAUCAAAUACGCACAUAACUCAGGAAAUAAAAGAUCUCAAUACCAAAUUAAAUGAAUUGGAAUUGGAAAGAGGUAAUUUGAAGGCUCAAAUUAUAGAUCAGGCUGCGGAUAUUGGAUCACUUAAGAAAGAACUUAUUGCGGCCGAACAAAUUCGUCUUGACAUUGACGCCGAAAAGAUGUCGGUGACAGAAAAAUUGAAAAUCUGUGAAAUAAACAAAGAAAAGGUUGAAUUGGAAUUGAGUCAAUUAUCACGCGAACGAAGCGAUAUUUUUAAUCAAUUGGCUCUUAUGACUAAUAAAAAAGAUCAAAUUGCCGAAGAAGUAAUGCGGCUACAACAGCGUUUGAAACAGUUAUCCGAAUGCAAUGAUCGUUUAAAUCGAAAUUUAGAGAAUUUGAUGAAAGAAAAUGAAGACAAACUUAUUUUGAUUGAAUCACAUGAAAAGGAAAUUCAAAGGCAACAGGAACACUUUGCGGCUCUUCGUUCAGAGAAGGAGGGACUCGAAGGUAUCCUAUUUGAUACUAACACCAAUUUGGAAGCUUCACAGAAUCGAUGUGAACAACUUGAUCGAGAAGUGCAUGAAUUAAUUUCCAAACAAGAAACAAUGAAAAACAAAAUUGCGCAACUGUUAAAAGAAUUGGAAAGUAAUGAGCGUCGUUUACAAGAGACAAAAACGCAAAUGAAUAAUUCUUUGAGCAAUCAAGAGGCCGAAUUUUUGCAAAAAUGCAAUUAUCUAAAGCAAUUAGGCGAGGAUAAUUUGAAAAAGUGGAACGAUGAAAAAGAGCAAUUGAAAAAUGCAGCUGAAAGUCGAUUGCAUAAUUCAUUGCAAGCGCUUGAAACGAGUAAAGAUGGUGAAAUUUUUACGUUAAAAGAGCGUUUGGAUUCAUUGCAAUUACAUUUGGAUUCAGUAUGUCAACAGCAUGAAGAAGUCUUGAUUCGUUGUGAAAAUGAAAAACAGCAAGCCCUACUAUUAGCUCAUCGCGAUAAGCAAGCGAUUGCCGAUAAAUUAGAGCAAACUCAACGUGAGCUUAAAACGGAAAUGGAAAAUUUGGAACGAUUGCGUCGAGAAUUUGCUGCCAAAACGGAUCGUGAUCGCACCACUAUAAAAUCAAUUAACGAUGACUUGGUAAAAUUGAAAACGAAAUGCGAAGAACAAAAAUUAAGAGCCGAAGAAGAUUUACGAAAGACGGAUUUAAUGUUAAGUUCGAUGACGUCCGAACGUGAUUUGGCGCUAAAAGAAGUGGAAAAUCUUAAAACUCAAAUAGGUUUGAGCGAAGAUCGUUACAAUAGUGUGACCGCCCAAUUACAAGAAACCAUUCGAAAACUUAAAGAAAAUGAAAACUUAACGGAAGGACUACGAAAAGAAUUGAUCGAUUCGCGGCGUUUAUUGGCCGAAUCAAACAUUGAACGUGAUAAAUAUGUUAGUACAAACAAAGAAUUACGCGAUCAUAUUAAAUGUGCAGAAGGACAGCGGCGAGAACAGGCUCGUAAUUUAGAAGAAGCACUUCAAAAGGUGGCUAGUCUAGAAGACUCAAGAAAUUCACUUGAAAAUGAUCGAACACGCAUCGCAACGCUAUUGAAGGAAACACAAAACAACAUGACCAAAUUAAAUCAAGAACAUCAAGCGGCACAGGCCAAUAUUCAAAAAUUACAACAAAGCGCGGGCAAAAAAGAAAUGAUGGGCAAUGAAUUACAGGCUCGCUUGUCCAGUGAAACAGAUGAACGUGAAAGAAUUCAACAAGAACUUUGUCAACUAAAAAAACAGAUGGCGGAGUUGGAUGAAACGUUAGAGAAUACACGCCAAGAUUUGGGCCGAACACGUUGCAAAUCCAAUCAAGACGAACAUCGAUGGCAUACACGUGAACAAGAGCUGUUGGGCCGGCUAGAAGAUGGUCGGGGCCGUGAAAAAUGCCUUGAAGAUCAAAAACAUAAUUUGGAAGUGUGUUUGGCCGACAGCACACAGCAAAUUCAAGAGCUUAAAGCUCGACUUGGUGGAGCUGAGAGUCGUGUUCGAGCACUUGACGAACAACUUGUACAAAUGGAAUCAUGUAAAAAGGAUAUAGAACAUAAGCUUACAUCGGUUCUACAUACUUUAAAACGAAUUGCUGGAAUUCAAUUUGAUGGAACGGUUACUGCUCCACACCAUCGCUUGCUUUCACCAUCGAGGAGAUAUAGUCCAGCACGGUCAUCUGGUAUCGAUUAUGAUGGACGUAAUGAGUGUUGUUUGUAUGACAUUGAUCCAGAAUUGAUUCGAAAAUCAGUUCGAAAAUUGAUGCAACAAGUGGCUCAAGUAGAACGUGAAAAGGAAGAGUACAAAGUUCAAUUGCAAACAGCCCGAAAGGAGCUUGAUGAGGCGGCAAAUCAACAAACUCGAAGUGAAAAUAAAAUAUCGAAAUUACAACAAAUCCUACGAAAUGCAAAUGAUGAAAAGGCUAAUUUGGAGUCAAAAUUGGCUCAAAAACAACUGGCACUACAAGGCAUUGAUGAUGCACUCAAACUCAAAAACGAUGAGCUAAAUGCGUUAACUGAUAAACACAAGAGUUUGGAGCUUCAAUUCUCAAGCCUAGCUGAACAAAAAUCACAAACAGAAGAUCGACUAGAAAAAUCAAAGCAAAAUGAAAAUAAAUUGGAGCAUGAGAAACGUCAUCUUUUGGAUGAAAUCGCUAGAUAUGAGGCUCGGAGCAAGAAACUUGAUUUACAACGUAUUGGUUUAGAGGGUGAUAUUCAACGUAUGCAAAUGACAUUGCAAGAAAGGGAAAACAAUUUGCGAAACUAUCAAGAACGAUUAGAGAAUCAGCAGCGAUCAGCAGCUCAAAUUGAAGAUAGGUGUGUUGCUUUAAAAACCUCUGUUGAUCAGCUCAAAGAGCGUUUACAAAAUGCGGCUAUUCUUGAAACAGAGCUUCGUGGUGAAUUGAACUGUUUGCAAAAAGAGCGAUCGGAACAAGGUCAUACAUUGACUGCAACACAAGAGAAGAUGAAGCAUAUGCAAAAAGUCUUGUCAAACUGUGAAAAUGAACGUCGUAUUUUGACUGAUCGCUUGGAUACCACACAGGCUACACUAAAUGAACAACAUCGUGGACAACAAUCACAGCAGGAUGUGAUUCAGCGUUUACAAAAUCAAGUGGCCGAACUAGAAGUGCAAAAAUCAACCAUUGAAGCUCAACUACGCAUUGCUAAAUGGAAUCAAGGCAAUAGCGACCCAGAUAGUUGUGUUCAUCAUAAUACGGACGAUGUUUCUAGUCAACUAUUGAAAGCGCAACGUGAAAAGAAUGAACUUCGUCUGAAAGUUGAAAUGUUAAAUGAAAAGUUGCGUCAUGCUGAAAGCAAUAAAUUAAGCAAAUUUUCAGAGAAUCGCGCAUAUGACUGUCCAGAAAAGGUCAAUUUGAGCAACUUUGAAUAUGAUUCGAAUAAAUUUGAAGAUGUCUGUCAAAAGGAAUGCAAUAGUUCUGAACAUAUUAGUUGGAGACAAGAAAAUCAUGAUCUAAAAAUUAAAAUUCGACGAUUGGAAACAUUGCUAGCCGAAAAAGAUGCAGAAUUAAUGCGAUUGAAAACGAAACUUAUCGAGAGUUCGAAAUGCCCGAUGGAUGACAUUGAAAGGCAUCGAGCAGCACAAUUGAAAUCAGAACGUCUAUUGGACAUUCGUGAACAGCAUCAUCGACAGCAAAUUUCGCAAUUGGAAAAUCAAAUUCUUUUGUUAAAAGAGCAACUGGCCCAAGAAGCAAAAAGACGGCAGCAAUAUAUUUUGCGAAGUUCACGCGCUGGCCAAGAGAUGAAACAAUUGCGACAAACACUCGGUGAUUCCCUUAGACACAUCGCGCAAGAUCCAAUUGAUCCUGAUUUAUUGGAGAAUGAGACAAGAAGAUUAGAUAGUGCCGUUUCGCUGAGUCUUCCACAGACCACUGGUACCAGCCAACACUAUGAUAUUGGUAGAAGUCCACGUGCACCAUACUAAAAUUAUAACACUUCAUUGAAAACACUGCCACAAUAAUAAAUUUAAUAUACUAAUGGUUUUCUAAUACACGCACGAUGACAAUUCUUUCAAAAAAAUAAAAGAAAUAAAAAUAAAUAUAGAGGUAAAAUAAAAAAUAUGUUCACUCUACCUCGCCACUUUGUAAUGAAUCUCUUGGAAUCCACCGACCCUGAUCACCCUGAAUUCUGGCCAGCUUACCGUAAUUAAAAUCUCUUAAUAUGGAUCAAUGUUUUCCAGGGGCUAUCUUCGGCACACAAUAUUGAUUUUGUACUUUAAAUAUAAAGGUGGUGCUUUGCUCUCAAUUGGGUCAGAAUAAAAAGCCGACUUGUACACAGAGUACAUGAAAUGGUACUUUUUUGUUAGAAUUGAUCGUGUUAAUUAUCAGAGUUCUCAACUCCGAUCGAGCACCGCCCCCAUAUUUAUACUAUUGUAUACAAAAUUUUAUCCGUACAUUUUUGUAUUCGAUGCGGCCAAUCCAUUGUUUGCAUUAAAUUUAAAAUAAAUAAUCUCACCAAGUUUGAAGAAAUUUCAAUACAAAUUAGGGGUACCUCCCAUACCAAAUUUUCGACUUAUGAACCGCCUUGAGCAAAAGUUCAACUUAUUACUGCAUAGAUUUGAAUUUUAGUGAAAUUCUAUUAUAUUAACUGUUACUAAAUAAUAAUAAUUAAUUACUAAUAAUAUUUUAUUAUUUCUUUGUCGAACAUUUUUCGAGAGUCGAGCGCUAUCCAUAUAAAUACAUUGUGACGUCACACAUCUUACACAGAAACGACAUCUUUGUAAAACAGGCUAACUACAAUGUAAACGUAUAGCGAGAGGAGAAGGGAGUAAAUAAAAAGGGGAAACAGAUACGUUUGAUUUACAUUGUGGUUAGUCGGUUAUUAAUAGAUGGCGUUUAAAUAGUGUGCCCUUAUUGCGCUUGACUCUCGACAUUUUUAUGAUCAAUCAUUUCAGCGCAAAGAACCAACAUCACUUCAACGUGUGUGCACAUAUGUUGAUAAAAUAAACACGUAUUUUAUAUUUAAUUGUUGAAAGAAAGCAAAAUUUGCACAAAAUAAAUUCCGUUUGUUGAAAAAUACUGAAUUCAGAAUGU